AUGACCUGGAAUUGCGACACAUCUUCGACCGUGACGUCGGUCAACUGUCUGGUGGCGAGCUGCAGCGUUUUGCCAUUGCUCUGGUGUGCGUCCAGCAAGCCGACGUCUACAUGUUCGACGAGCCGUCCUCUUUCCUCGAUGUCAAGCAGCGUCUUGCCGCCGGUCGAAAAAUUCGCAGUCUGCUCCGCCCUGAUGAUUAUGUCAUCGUUGUCGAGCACGACUUGUCUGUCCUUGACUAUCUCUCUGAUUUCAUUUGCGUUCUUUACGGAAAGCCUGCCGUCUAUGGUGUCGUCACCCUUCCUGCGUCGGUCCGUGAAGGUAUCAACAUCUUCUUGGAUGGUAACAUCCCCACUGAGAACCUGCGUUUCCGUGAGGAGUCUCUUCAGUUUCGAAUUGCCGAGGCCGGCGAUGAGUACAUGA